AUUCUGAUGCUGCUCUCAGCUGCUCGUCUCAAAGCCCCGCUCUGCUAUGAUGCGAUCGCUACGGUAUGAUCGAGUCGAUGCCCCCCGCUGGAGAUCGGCCUCUCACCUCGCAUGGCGCUGAGAAAAGCAGCUGAAUCCAGCCCGCUGAUGCUGAGGAUCUGCACACGGACGUAGCGAUGGCUGCUGCUCAGAUUCACCGAGUGGCUGCUGCGCUGUGCUGUUGAAAAACAAGGCCGUGAAUCGCGCUGGUCAGAUGUACGAAACGUACUAUCGCAGGCUUUUCUAGCGAUGCCGUGCAGGAGAUGGCCGAAAAAGCAGCGAUCUGAUGAGGUAGCCUGCCAAGGAGGCGCGCACUGAAGGCCAGGCCUUUUUCUUUACUGGUCAGCUCUGUUUGCUUUCUGCAGGUCUUGAAAACGAUGCGAAAACAAUGCCUCAGUCUAACUUCCUCCACACGACACCUUGGCUGCUUUCUAUUGGCUUCCCAGUAACUUAAGUGCUUAAUUGGGCGCACCUGUGCGUGCAGGAGCGAGGAGGACUGGCGCAAUUGUGCGCAAUGGCCGCGCCGCGAAGGAUCCAACUCACUACUGUCUCAAGCGAGCUCACUCACCCUCCGAUCUCCAAUAGCCAUGCCGCUCAAGAGUUGGCCACCAAACUGGGUUCGGGCGCAGCUUGCCCCUCCGAUGAGGACCUGCCGGCCUCUGAGAAAACCACAGCCUCAGCAAGAAUCGAGCUGCUUCUCUUCGAGCCUGAUGAACGACGCUGCCCUGAGUUCUACUACCCUGAACUGCUCAACGUGAAGGUCACAGCUGAAAGUGAUCUCAGGACUUUGGAUGAGGUGGUUGAGGAUGAGGAGAGGGAGGAGCUGGAGGCCUUGGCAAGAAAGUUUGAAGAGAAAUAUGGUGGAGCUCCUAAACGCCGGCAAGACAGAUUGCAAGAUUUGGUGGACAUGGGCUAUGGAUAUGAUGAAACGGACUCCUUUAUUGACAACUCUGAGGCUUAUGAUGAGCUGGUUCCAGCCUCACUUACCACCAAGCAUGGGGGCUUUUACAUAAACUCUGGGACGCUACAGUUCCGCCAGGCUUCGGAUGAAGGUGAAGAAAAUGAGACGGAUGACUUUGAGGAGGAUGUUAAACCCAAGAAAAGAAAACUCAAAGAAGGAAGGGAGGAGAAGAUGAUCAACAACAAGAAGAAGAGACAAGAGACUGUGCUGCCUGAGAGAGAUGAUGCAAAAAAAAGUGCUCUGCCUACCAUGCCGCCUGGAGAGAAGAAAAAGAAAAAGAAGAGUGGCAAGCCACUCAGCAUCGAUGGCAUGCUAAGAAAAUUUCAUAAGGAGAAGCUUCAGCAGCUGCACAUGUUCAACGAGAAAGGGAAGGAGGGAGUCACUUCAGCUGACAGCGGCUCCACCAGCCAAGCGGAGGUCCCGGAAGAAUCCGCCUCAGCUGAUCCACUCUUGACGCUAAUCGGUUCAGCGAGCGCAGACGACCUCCUCCAAGCGGUGAAGGCCGCAGAUCAGGACUUUGACCUUGAUGGGCUCCUGACUGAGGACCAGGACACUGGUUCUCCUGACGUGGAGGAGAACCAAGAACCCACAGUUGUAUGCCAGCCAGCGAAGCCUCCUGUUUCACUUCCUGAUGGAUUACCCCCGAUGUUAGAGCUGUACAUCCAAGAACUCACUCAGGCAAUCAAAGACAUGGAAGGAGAGAACAAGAUGGAGCUUUUUGCUCCGGAAAUAAACAGUGUUUUGCUACAUGUGGCGGUUAGGUCUAAGGAGUUGUCUGAUAAGGUACGUUCCAGAAUCUUUUCCUACCUGGCAUCGCACCUUUCCUGCAAGAAAGGUACUCUGCUUAAGCGAGCCAAGAAACUCCAUCUUCUUCAUCUGGGUGAUGAGCUAAGAGAUCUGCUACAGAGACUGGAAGAUGCAGUCACCAGAGCCAUGCCAGAGCAGAUUGACCGUUUCAAUGACAACUGCCAAGCUCACUCUGAAGCCAGAGCUGCCAAACUGGAGGCUGAGAAAGAACAGAGAGCAAUAGAUGGGUCUGAUGAAGAAGAGGAGGAUAAAAGUGGAAAACGAGUUUUUGGACCACGCAAGAGAUUCAAAUGGACUGAAGAGAUCAGACUAUUGCUGUCUGAGCUUGUGAAGCUGAAGAUGAAUUGCUACGAGCUUGAAGCUCCUGACAGCCCAAGCUUGGAAGAGUACUUGAGAACUUUUUUGGAGGAUUAUGUAAAACCAAUGUGGCCUAAAGGCUGGAUGCAGUCCAGGAUCCUACUUAUUGAGAGCCGUAGAGUACAUGGCCAUAUCACUGGUGUGGUGGCAAGAAAGAAAUCAAUGACCAUGCCAAAAUCCAAAAAGGCCAGUUUUCUCUCUGAAAAUGCUGGGGAGGUCCAACCAGUGCCAGCCCUGAAGGGGCCACCAGGAGGUGCUGCUGCCCAGCGCAAGCGCCUCAGUCUGCCUCUGAGCACCCAACAAGCCCCCCAGAACACUGUGAGCAAAGCUUCAUUAGAUGCACAAACGUCUUAUUUUUCUCCUCCGCUACCUGAGCUUCAACAGAUGAGAGGAGAAGUGGGGAGAUCCUCGCUAGGAAGGCUUCAAGCCACUGACAGAAAGCUUGAAAUAGUCGGAAAAGCUCUCUCCAGUGUCCAGACGGGCAACCCGGGUGGUCCACUGCGCACAGAUUCAUCUCCGAAGAUCUCGUCCAAUUCUGGAGCAGCUGCAACUUUGAACCGUCUUCCUGCGGGGGAGAAGAAACCUCAGAAGCUGAUGCUGGUAGCUCCACCUGCUGCUGCUGAAGGUGACUCGGCAGCAGUGCAGGGCGUGGCCAGACUGCUCACGACCACCUCAUUUUGCAAAGCCCCUGUUUCUGUGGCAGUGGCAGCUGUGGAAAGCUCUUGUGGGGAUCCAGCUCUUCCUACUCCAUCGCUCUCCCUCCAGGCCUCAUCCUAUCCCAAUAUACCACAGUCGGGGGCUUUAACAAACUUGGUCCCUCUGCAUGCUUUACCCUUCCCUGGGCUGGCUUAUGCCAGCAAAACAUCUGGACACGCUCAAAUCUGCAAAGACUCCAUACUAACCAGCCCCGGACCUGGAAGUUUCCAGUAUGGUCUCACACAUGAUGGAAGUCAGAUCCAUGCAGAAGGUGCCAACGCACAGAGAAAACUGCACUGAGUUGGCAAAAGUUGGGAGGGAUGACAAGUAUGCUUUCAAACUACAUUCUCAUGACUGAACUGGACUUUACAGUGGUAAGACCACAAAGUUAUUAAAGACUGUUGAGUACGACUCCACCUUAAAGGUAAAAUAAAUUCUUUUCAUCAUUUCCACUUAAAAUACAUUAACAACAGAAACUUCUAACAAAAUGCUAUACUGUGAUGACAGAAGUAAAACUACAGAAGUAAAACUAACCCAGUUCAAUCUGGAUUCAGACCUGACUUUAUUGCAUUACUACUAUUCGGGACCAUCAGUGCAUCAAGAAUGUGGUAGUGGUGCCUUUUAAUAAUACCAAUCUUUAAUAACAAUAACCUUUAAGUGGAAGACAUUAAGUUUUUGGUCCUUACUGUAAAAUCUGCACUUAAGAACUUUUGAGGCUGAGGCUUUUUUCCUUCUUUCUCUCACUUGAGAUCUCUGAAAUGUUUCUCUUUUGAUUUCUUUGUUGUUACUGUAAAAUCUGCACUUAACUUGGAGAUUGAGGCUUUUUUCUCUCCUUUCUCUUGCCCGAGAUCUCUCAUAUAUAAUGUUUCUCUUUCAUAUCAGCACUUAAUAUGAGAUGAUUAUGCUUUAAACAGCAGUCCACGUACUUUCCAAAGACCUUGUAUUAGAGUAUGUGGAAAGAUCCUGACCUAUUCGGCUGUAGUCAUUCAUUUUUGAUCAGUUGGCAGUGAACUAUUUUUACUAUGUGAGAUCAAUUAGAGGUCAUUACAGAAGAAACAAACAACCCACAAGGGAGAGGCUAUUUUAUGUGGGUACGAAUGAUUAUGUAAAGGAUGUUUGGAUUUUUUUUUUUUUUCUGAAAUUAAAAAUGCCAUUAUUAUUAUUAUUAUUAUUAUUAUUAUUAUUAUUGUCUCAGGGAUUCUUAAGGAGGGUGGUGUUGCAUUAAGCACAAACUUGGGAGUAACAGUACUGCAUGUAGUUUUGUAUGUCAAAAUGUGACUGAUAAACUGAUACGAUGGUAAUGUUUAUAAAUAAAAUAUGCAAACAUUA